UAAUUCAUUUUGAAAAUGGAGGGUUUGAGAACUCCAACUACAAUGGAGUUUUCUGGAAACAUUUCAAAGGAUUGGUCCACGUGGAUACAAAAAUUUAACCUGUACAUGAAAGCAUCAGGAAAAGACAAAGAAGAGGAUGAAAGUAUAAAAGUUGCGAUACUUUUGCAUUUAAUUGGCGACGAGGGUAUUGAAAUCUAUAAUACAUUCAAGCUAAGAAGUUCAGCGAAAUUAGCAGAUGUUAUAGACAAAUUCAAGAAAUAUUGUGAACCUAAAAAGAAUUUGAUUUACGAGAGAUACAAAUUCUUAAGCUGGAAUCAAAAAGAGGGACAAUCGUUGACGCAAUAUAUAUUAGAAUUGAAAACCAAGGUAGCAACGUGCGAAUAUGAAAAGGACAUGGAAAUGGUGAGAGACAAGCUGAUAAUGGGGAUUUGUGACAACCACCUUCGGGAAAAAUUACUACAAAUUGAAGAUUUGACCAUGGCAAAAGCAGAAGAAAUUUGCCAAAUUUUCGAGACAAGUCGCAAGCAGACAACGGAAAUGGGCAAUAAAGGAAUGGAAACGGCAAUGGAUGCAAUCCAGGAAUAUUCACGGAAAAAUCGAGGAAACUUUGAGCGGAAUAAGAUAAGUAACUCAAAUUUUAAUAAAAAGAAUCAGGUCCAUUUAAUUUGUAAAAAAUGCAAUUUGAAUCAUGAAAAAAAUAAAUGUCCAGCAUAUGGUAAAAUAUGUAGAUUUUGCAAGAAAAUGAAUCACUUUGAAACUUGUUGUAUAAAAAAGAAGUUCCUUAAAUCCAAGAAAAGAGAGGUUAAUGAAAUAAAUGAAGAAUUCAUAGAUUCCGAUUCUAGUGAUAAUUUUUUGCUUGAAACUAAAUAUAGUAGAGACAGAAAAUGACAUAGUUGAAAAUAUUUCUGAAUUAAACAUUAGAAAUGAAAUAACUGAAAAUGUUAAGAUUAAUGAUAAAAUUGUGUGUUUUAAGGUCGACACUGGAGCUCAAUGUAAUAUUCUGCCUGCCAAUGUUUUUCAAAGUCUGAUAAAGAGCAAGAAAAGUGGUUCAGGGCUACAAAUAAACAAAAAUCAGAAAGUGAAUUUAGUUGCUUACGGUGGAAGCAAGCUGGAUGUAAGAGGAUCCAUACAUAUUAACUGUAAAAUAAAGAAUAA